CAAAAAUGCGAGCAAACCUUAACCAACAACGCUAAGAUGGCACCAGUGGACAGAUCGCGUACUGAGGUGGGUAUACAGGCUGACAGAGUCACCGAUGUAGGCAGUACGGACUUUCCUGGAUACUAUUUUGAUGAGGAUAAUUCAUGGAACCUGGAGGAGUUCAAGAAAAAACUGAACAUAAAAAUUACGUCGUUAGACGAUUUGAACAUGACUUUUGACAUUUCUGGUAUCGAUGCAUCUAUUGUAAAUGCUUUCCGUCGAAUUCUGAUUGCCGAAAUUCCCACUCUUGCUAUCGAGUUUGUCUAUAUCAUCAACAACACAAGCAUUCUUCAAGACGAAGUCCUUUCUCACCGUCUCGGUCUCAUUCCGUUGAAGGCUGACCCUGACAUGUUCAAGUGGUUUGUUCGCCCAGGCCCUGGAAUGGAGGCUACACACACCGAUUACGAUACCGUCGUCUUUUCCCUGAACGUAAAGUGUGAUUUCAACAAGGAAGCUGCUCCUGGUGAGACAGAUCCUAAAAAACUGUACCUGAACUCUGAGGUCCUGUCUGGCGAACUCGUUUGGAAGCCUCAAGGUCGUCAGGCUGAGCGUUUCGCCGAUAACCCGUUAACUGUUGUUAAUCCCAACAUUGUGGUUGCAAAGCUGCGUCCUGGACAAGAGAUUGACUUGGAGGCCCAUGCUAUUCUGGGAAUUGGCCAAGACCAUGCCAAGUUCUCGCCCGUCUCCACCGCCUCAUAUCGUCUUUUGCCCGCUAUCCACAUUUUAGAACCAAUUGAAGGCGAAGAUGCCAUCAAAUUCCAAAAAUGUUUCCCGGCCGGUGUCAUUGAGCUUGAGGAUGGCCCUAACGGCAAACCCCGGGCUCGUGUGGCCGAUGUUCGCAAGGACACUGUCUCCCGUGAGUGUCUUCGUCACCCCGAGUUUGCUGACAAAGUACAACUUGGUCGUGUGCGAGAUUACUUCUUGUACUCAAUUGAGAGUACGGGAAUUAUUAAGCCCGAUCAGCUCUUUCUUAAGAGUAUUGCUGUUCUUAAGUCAAAGUGUAUGGCUGUUAAGGCUAGUGUGGAAGGCUUGGGAACCACGGAGUAGAAAGUGUGUACUCGCUUUGAUAUACUAAAAACUGGUUGUGUUCUUUUUUUUUGGAAAUAGGAUAGGACUUUGGGAACGAGUUUGCGAAACAUGUUUGCUGGUGCAACAAUCUUAAUAAAAUGAAACUUGACGCUUUCGUCCUUGUCUUUGCAUGAACUUUCGAGAAAAUAGAAUGUGCGUUGUAUCUUUUGAAACGGGUUUGGAUAGU